AUGCUUGAUCUCGGUUAUAAAAUUAAUACAAAAGAACUAAAUAUUGAUUGGUGGUGUAAAAUUCGCCUUUCAAUCGUUUAUACAACCUACUUCAUUUCAUCUUUACUGAAUAUAUUAGCAUCAUUUGAUCGAUAUGCAUCAAGUUGUCGACAAAGUCGAUAUCGAAAUUUUUGUCAAACAACAAUAGCACGGCGAAUCAUUAUUACUGUAAUUGUUCUUGCAUGUAUUAGUAAUUCUCAUAUGUCAUUCAAUUUGGUUGUUGUUAACGGAAAAUGUUGGACAAGACCUGGAUGGUAUCAAAUAAUCUAUGAUACUGUUUUUUUGGUUAUGUAUAAUCUCUGUUAUCCACUUCUAAGUGGUAUGUUUGCUUUGUUAACUAUCAGAAAUAUGCGACGUUGUCUUAUAGUACAUACAUAUAAAAUUAAAAUAAAAGAUUUUCAACGGAUGAUCGUUACUCAUUUAAUAUGUUUUAUUCUUCUAACUAUGCCAUUUACUAUUCAUAAAUUGUACAAUGGUGUGACAAUCUAUCAUUCAAAAGAUUUAUUACGACGUCAAUGGGAAAAUUUUAGUAUGUGUAUGGUUUAUAUUUUAUGGUUUGCUAAUGAUGCUAGUAGAUUCUAUAUUUAUUCGCUUUCAUCAAAGAAAUUUCGUAGAGAAUUUCUUGCAUCAAUUCCAAUAUGUAAACCUUAUUAA